GUUCCUAACGCCGAAGCCACUAUAGAUACCGACCUUAUUAGAUUUACAGACAAGGUGAUUAAUAAGAAGUCAAUUCUCGAACCUGACAAUGCAGAGAACUUCCGAAGACCAUGACCGACUAGCAUGGGUGAGAAGCUUGGAUCGAAACAAUGGCUUUGUUGUGUUUGAUCCUAGAGAUAACUUAUCUUAUGACACUGUUUGUGACUUUAUGGAUACCAUACCCAAGUCUUGAACAAUCAAAUUCCACAAUGCCUUUCUCUAUAGAAGAAAGAGCAUAACGCGACAGGCUACGCUCCACAUCCUUGAACACAAGAACAACGAUGGUCUUCUUUCUACAGAAGUAGGCACAUCCCGCAUAACAAUGCCAUUUAGAUCAUUCAACUCAAACUUUCACAACAACCGCAACAAAGAAACCUUUCAACAACACAAGAUGUCUUGCAUAAUCACUAUUACAUUCUGGCACCUUUGCGGCCACACCACCAGCAAGACGGAGCACGAAACAGGGACCGUAUUAGGAGCGCAGUUCCGAUGCCCAACUCUCAAUAACCGAGGGGCCUCGUCUUUCCUCGGUUCCGUUCUGAACGCUAUUUCUCGUCGUAGAUGCAGAUUGUCUAACACGGUCUACGACUACACCCAUGACCAGUGCCCUGACCAGUGCCCGGCUUGCACCAUUCUUCCCAACCGUUACAUGGGCGGGGCGCUGGCCAGGCGAAGAUUCCGAUACAGGCAAUUGCGAACUGAGCAAGUGCAGGUGGAGGCUCAAAGAGCAGCGGAGGUUAAUGCAGAUCGAGCGAUGGAACCACUCGAACAAGCUAACUGGCUUGUAGACAUGUUUCAUGAUAUGUUUUAUGCAGCCGACAUCUGGCCUGAGGAAUUAAGCGACGCAGAUGUCAACAGACUCCACGCUCUGUAUGCCGAGCAAGAAAGAGAGUUGUUGGAUUUAGAGGAGAUGCGCCGACGAGCAAUCCGUGCCGAAGAAGAGAUGGAACUGGUCAGGCUUCGUGCGGUCGAGGACUGGCUACGACUACAGGAAGUGUCCCGCGCAGAGCAGAAGGGUAGAGGUGUCCCUCUCAGACGACAAUCUCUUGCUUACUACCCAAGACCUGGCCCAACUGAUGAUAGACUCCUAGCGAAGUCUGAUCUCGACGAAGACGACAUCUGCCCAGUCUGCCAAGAGCAUCAUGAGGUACGUGGAGACGGUUUAGACAUACCCGAUGAAGUGGAUGACGUGAGGGAGCUGCCCUGCGGGCAUAAGUUCCACUACUUCUGUAUUACCGAGUGGCUCAAUACAGGGUCAAAUUCGUGUCCAUACUGUCGUCACGGGUAUUGGCUAGUCCGACCAUUCAUCUUGGGCCGGCUAUUCUAAAUCAGAAAGCAAAAGAAAUAACAACAGACUCCUAUAACAUUAGAAGCAAACAGAUUGGCAAACCCCAAAACCAUUCACAACCAGUACCAUAUAAUAUCCCAUAUGUGCAAGUUAAUACCUAAUCGUAUCCAUCUAAUAGAAAUUGAAAAGCGCAGCACAAGUGAGACCAUAUAACUGCUAUGAUUUGACCGACCAAGAUUAUUACAAUGCUGUGAACGAAACGAAACCGAAAGCCAAUAGGCAAGUGCUACUUAACAAAAGUAGACC